GUGGCUGGACUAGCCCGAAGAAAAGAUCGCCUGGAAGCUUUAGCUCAAAAACUUUCCAACAAAAAGGGCAAAUUUUACCCCCUUAAGUCAGACUUAACAAAAGAAGAAUACAUUUUAAACACUUUCAAGUGGAUCAAGGAGAACUUAGGCACGAUUCAUAUUCUCGUGAACAACGCUGGCUAUCUCGGAAAAACCACUCUAAUUGACGGAGACAGCGAUGUUUGGAGGAACACAUUUGAAGUUAACGUCCUGGGUUUGUGUAUAGCUACGAGGGAAGCCAUAAGGGAUAUGAGAGCCAACGACAUUGACGGGCACAUAAUCCACAUCAACAGCAUCGUGGGGCAUCAAGUGAUAAAUUUUCGAGAAUUUAACGUGUACAUUUCGAGUAAACAUGCAGUGACAGCCCUAGCAGAAACGCUGAGGUUGGAACUGGUAGAAUUGAAGUCGAAAAUUAAAAUUACGAGUAUCAGUCCGGGACUUGUGGAUACCGAAAUUUUACCAAAUUAUAUAACGAAGCACAAGAACCUUAUUGAAGAAAAACAAAUAAUCGAACCAGAGAAUAUCGCUGAUGCGGUUGUUUACGCAUUGUCGACUUCUCCGCAUGUGCAGAUUCAAGAACUUACCGUAAGGUCCGUUGAUGAAUCCUUUAUAAACAGCAACUAAUUAGUAAAAUACUGAAAAUAUUUUACUUAUUGUUGGCUUAAAAUUAAAAAUUUCCGCCAUUUCUUCAUCUUAUGUA